AUGUCGCAGAACGACUGUCAAGAACAUGAAAACGAAGAGAAAGAUUAUGGAAAAGACUAUCGUAGUCUCAAUGCCGAACAGCUCGAAUCGAAGCUGAAAACGCUCAUUUCAAACGUGGCAGUUAUUUUCGAGUUAAGCGAUGAGCAAUGUUUGAAACUUCUUCAAAAGUACAAUUACGACAAAGAAAGACUUUUGGAAGAAGGAUAUUCUGGAGAAGAUGCACUCAAAAGUGUUGAAGACGUCUCUCAAACUUCUGAACACAAUGAUCGUCAAGCCAUGAUAAAUGAUUAUGUGACAAAAAGCCGAUAUCUCAAAUGGUGUCCAAACGGAGGAUGUACCAGAGCCAUUGAGGUCGACUACGCCGAUAUCAGGACCGUCCGAUGCUCCUGCCAAAUGGAAUUCUGCUUCUCUUGUGAUCGGGGACCUCAUGACCCAGUUCCCUGUGAUCUACUGAGCCAUUGGUUGGAAAAUAACCAGCGCGAUUCAUUGGAAAAGAUAAUAUUCGAAUCGAAACCAUGCCCAAAGUGCGGACAUCUAAUCCAACCUGAUGAUAAAGAGGACAUGAAAACUGGCAGUGUUUGGUGUCUGAAUGAGGAAUGCCGACAACAAUUUUGUUGGUAUUGUGGAGUCGAAUGGGUUGGUGAACAUUAUGAUUGCGAAGACUUCGAACUCCCUCUUAACGAAAAGCACGAAAAACUAGUAUCAGAUUUCAAGAGAUACAGUCGUUAUCAUGAAUUGUUCACUACUCAAAAAGAGAAUCUGGAAAUGGAGGAAGCGCUUCGUGAAAAAAUCGAAUCGAGAGAAACCAAAACACAAUAUCUUCAAGAAACGCUGAGCAAACUUCUAGAUUGUUUCCGAACUCUGAUGUACUCGUAUGUUCUUGAAUUCUAUCUCAAUGAGAAGUGCAAUGCGAACAUUUUCAAACAAAUUCGUGAAGAUCUCCAAACUGACAGCGCCAAACUUUUGGAGAAGUUUUUGAAGUUGGAGGAGGUGGACGAUUCGAUUGAGACGAAAAAGAUAGUUCAAGAAAUGGGAGAAAGUGCAGUGAAGAAACGGAUUAAUCUCUUGAAAAACUGUGCGGAAGAAAUUAAGAAUGAUAAUUGGACAUUUGAUGAGCACAAAUUUAUUGAAAUGUAA